AUGCGGCCAAUUGUGAGUCAAAUAAAUUCACCUUGUUAUCUGAUAUCAAAGCAUUUAGUUGACGUUUUUAAACCUUUGGUUGGCGGGUCUGAACAUCACAUAAAGGAUUCCGCACAUUUUGUGUCAAUUUUAAGUGGUUUGCGAUUAGAAAAUGAUGAAAUGAUGGUUAGUUUUGACGUUGAGUCACUUUUUACGAAUGUGCCAGUGCAGGAAGUUCUUGUCAUCAUCCGUGAGCUUAUCUCAACCGCCGGCAUCAAUGAGAACUAUUUGCCUCUUUUGGAUUUCUGUCUCUCUUCGGGCUAUUUCUGCUUCAACGGACAAUUUUAUUUGCAAAAAGAUGGCGUCGCUAUGGGCUUGCCCUUAGCUCCAUUGAUUGCAGAUAUUUGGAUGGAGAAUUUCGAGAAAAAAGCUCUGGACAGUUCGAAAGAAAAACCAAGAGUCUGGCUGAGAUAUGUGGAUGAUACUUUCUGCAUUCUCAAAAAUUCCGCCAUUUUGAAUUUUUUAGAACAUCUCAACGCACUACAUCCAAAGAUAAAAUUUACAAUGGAAAAAGAAAAAGAAGGUUCCAUUGCAUUUUUGGACGUAAAAGUGAUGCGCAACCAAAAUGGCUCCUUAGGACACACGGUUUACCGAAAAAGCACCCACACUAACCGAUAUCUUCAUGCUGACUCCCACCACCACCCAGCAAAUUUGAGUUCCGUCGUUUCCACACUUUUUCAACGUGCUCAUAGAAUUUGUGACAGCGACCAUCUCAGCACAGAACUUUUGUUGUUGGACAAAGUCCUAGAAGUGAAUGGCUAUAGUAAAAAACAAAGAUCGUGGAAGCCAUUUUCUUCACAGGAAAUGAAAGAGAACCAACUCGACAAAAAAGCUUUCCUGCCUUAUGUUAAAGGUGUAACUGAUAGAGUGGGAAAAAUCUUAAAGAGAUAUGGUGUAAAAUCCAUAUUUUUACCACCAAAAAAGGUGAUAAACUACCUAAAAUCACCAAAGGAUCAAUUUCCCCUUGAAACACCAGGAGUAUAUGCAGUACCAUGCAGCUGUGGUGCUUCAUAUGUAGGACAGACGCAGAGAAGUAUUGCUACACGCCUAAAAGAGCACAUUAGCGCUGUUAGCAAAAAACAAAGGGAAAAGUCUGCCAUAUGUGAGCAUAUACUGGAUCAUCCAGAUGAACACCACUGGAUCCAUUUCGAUCAAGCUAAGGUUCUAGCAAAAGAGGCUCAUUAUAUACCGCGCCUGGUUCGUGAAGCGAUCGAAAUAAAACGACACCAAAAUUUCAACCGUGACGACAGUUUUAAGCUAUCUCGUACGUGGGACCCCUUAAUAAACUCGUCACGAUCUAUCCAAUUGCCGCUUCACACCAACAGUGAUAUAGUGAGUACGGUUUGCUCCCAACUACAACAAAACACGGAACCCCCUACGCCCCGUUACAACUUGCGUAGCCAAAAUCGCAUAUAA